ACUGCCUGGACAGGAGAACUUCAAAAGAGAAAUAUGAAGUUUCAUCAUUUUCCAGUGAACUGGGGGCGUUCCCUGCUCACCAGGAAGUUGUCUGACGCAGAAACUGAGAAUUGGCCUGAUCAAUUCAAACAAUGUUACAGAGAUACCUAAAAACAUUAUACCCAACCAUUCUCCUCUCAUCGUUGCUCUCUGAAGUGCGACCUUUGACCUGUCACGAAUGUUCUGCAACUUCUGGCGAAUGCAAUCUCAAAUCAGUGAUUUGUCUAUCAGAAAUAAGUACCUGCCGGACCACCUCAAUCAUCACAAUCUUGGAUGGACAGCCCAACCAGGUGAUUAGAAAUUCCUGUGGAUCAUGCUCGGAUCCUCUCUCUAUCAACACUGGAGCUGUGAUCCUCUCAGAGAAAAGCAGUUGCUGUGAUUCUGAGCUCUGUAAUGAUCGGACAGUUGUGGAAGCUCGGAACGCCACGCGGAAUGGACUGGAAUGUCGAGGGUGUUUCGGAGACUCGGCAGAAUCCUGCAGGCGGUCAGAGCGGACGGUGCAAUGUGUGGGAGCUGAGACCCACUGCGGGAGUGUGUCGGGUCUCGAGGCUGUGGUGUCGAGUGGGAAGGCGUUCUUCGCCAAAGGCUGUGUCUCCAAGCGUUUCUGCCAAACAUCUGGGUCAUUGUCAGAAUUCCGUGUACGGUUUGACACCUCACCCUCGUGUUGUGGGACGGACCUCUGCAACUCCGAGAGUGGGAGCACCACGCCCAAUCCAGCUAUCCCAACGAGCAGCCCCGUGACAUCAUGGACCAUCAGCCGAGAGUCAACAACUGGCAAAGGGUGUAUCAUCGGAUCAACGGUUGGGAUCGCCUCUGGAGUUGUGAUCGCGUUGGUGAUAUGUUAUUAUUACUGCAGAAAGAUAGAAGACUCUGUUCCCAUAUGACGCCUGGAGGGAAGAUCUUGGUUCUUUUGAGGUUCUGAUUACUGUGAAGCCCUGCGUUGUUGGUGACUCUGUGCAGGCAGUCCCUCUCUCGCUCGCUCUCUCUCUUGCCGUGAUUGUUUGGCUUUGCUGAAGGAGGGGUCAUCUUUGAGAGGGACCAUCGAUGACUCUGCUCCUUGAUGAUGACAUGAGAAGACAAUUUUCACUGGGCAGUAAAAGAAACAACCUUCCGAGGGCGAAACUCUCCUGGCUUACCAAUGGCUCAUUAGUCCUUUCAUAGAAACUUAGGAAACAGGAGCCACGAUGGGCCGAAUAGCCUAAUUUCUACUCUAGGCCAUUCGGCCUUUCAAGUCUGCUGUGCUAUUCAAUAUUUUUGGUCAUCUAACUCAGUUCCCUGUUCCUGUUGUGUACUCAUACUCUCUCACCCCUUGAGCUCUAAGAACAAUGUCUAUAUAUUUGAAAAUAUUCAAUGUUUUCGCCUCAACCAUUUUCUGUAGUCGAGAAUUCCACAGGCUCCCCAAUCUCUGCGUGAAGGCAUUUCUCCUCAUUGCAGUUCUACCCGUGUCCUUCAGCUGUGACCCCUCUGGUCAUAUGGAACAUUCUUCCUGCUUUUAUCCUUGUUUAGCCUGUUAGAAUUUUUGUAGGCUUCUAUAAGACUCCCCAUCUUAUUCUUUGAAACACCAGUGAAUAUAAUCUUAACCAAUCCAGUCUCUCUUCAUCCGUCAGCCCUGACAUCCCGAGAAUUAGUCUGGGAAACAUUCACUGCUGUCCUUCCAUCGCCAGACCAUCCUUCCUCAGAUACAGAGAACUGCACACACACAGUACUCCAGGGGCUGGUGUGAUGGCUCAGUGAUUAGCACCGUUACCUCACAGCACCAGGGUCCCAGGUUCGGUCCCAGGUUCAAUUCCAGCCUUGGGCGACUGUGUGGAGUUUGCACAUUCUCCCUAUCUCUGCAUGGGUUUCCUCCCACAGUCCAAAAGAUGUGCAGGUUCGGUGAUUUGGCCAUAUUAAAUUGUCCAUAGUGUUCUGGGGGGUGUAGGCUCGAUGCAUUAGUCAGGGGUAAAUGUAGGGGAAUGGGUGGGUUGCUCUUCUGAGGACUGGUGCUGGGCUGAAGGGGCCUGUUUCUACACUGGAGAGAUUCUAUGAACUGUGCGGUUUCUCCCUGUACAAUUGCAGUAAGAAAUCUCGGCUCCUGGAAGGAAAACUACAGUUUCAAAUCUGUCGAGGUUUGCUUACCUACUGUGUGUACAGACUUGUGACCAAAGAUGUAAUUUAAAAAAGUUUCAUCAACUGAA